GCAAAUAUGCGUACUAUAGGCCUAUAUGAUAAACAUUUAUUAAAGUAACAUUGCAAGGAGGAGGAGAGGCUGCGGUAGGUGGGUCGCUGAUACAGCGCCACAGGAACUAUUGUGCCAAACGAAAAGUAAAUGGACCAUGACAAUAAGAUUCCAUUGAUUCACAGCAUUGGUCCCAUUUACUGUCAUCUCUCUUUUACACACACUGAUCGACAAGCACAAGCGAAACGGAUUGCAAAUACACGAAGACGUUUAGUGAAAAAUGGCGCAAUGUAAGAACACUUGUUUUAUUAGAUUUCGAAACGAAUUGAUGUGGAAGAAAUUGUGGUUAGAUGAGCCGAAUCCGAGCAAAUUUGCAACGACUGCGUGGAUAGGAACACAAUACCCAUUUUUAGUAUACCGAAUUGUCUGUUUUAUAUAUUCGGCAUCGAUUUUGUCUUGGAACUCUUAUCAAGCAUCUCAGUUAUCAUCAGAACAACUUGUGGCUGAAUGGUUCUUAUCCUACCCAACAUGGAGUUUUAUGAUGCUUACUUUGUAUUGCACGUUGGCCCUUUUACUGGCUGGUUUCAACUUUGACAAUGACUGUCUCUGUAAUGAUGACUUUUCGUGGUAUCAUAAAGUCUGUUGGAUCUUGCACGUUAUAAGCUUUAACGGUUCUUUGGCAUGCAUGAUUGGAUCAAUUGCUCAUUUGAUCGCCCGAUCUGCUAACAACACUGAAGCUAUGACAUACACAGAAGUAUUUAAAAGUGACGACAUCAAUUUCUACGUCAUAAGUCCUAUGGUGAUGCUAAUCGACGUUUUCAUCCAUGAUAUAUCGGUGCGACUCCUGCAUUUCGUUUAUCCGGACGCCUGGUUCAUCUUUUUCUCACUAAUUCACGUUUACAGAUGGGCUGCUGGAUAUAUACCUACCCACUUGGUAUUUUCGUUUACCGAUAUACCGGCCUCAAUGCCUUCUCUAUUUCUUUUGUUUGUUGUAGUUAUCUAUAUCCCAGUCAUUCAUCAAAUUGCAUUCGGAAUUGAUUCAUUACGAAAGAAACUACUAGUGGUAAUGUGGACAAGGUUCAAGCACGAAAGAUUACAAACCACUCAUUCUCCAUAUCGCAAUACUACAGUCAAUCGCUGUAUUUCUCAGGAGACUACUUCGUCAUUUGCAUUUUCGCCUAAUAGUGCUGGUCUCGACGGGCUCAGGCAAAGUACGGAUGACGUUUACGGAGUGUCCAAUGAAAAGCCGAAACAAAAAGAACAUUAUGCAAUGAAAAUUCUGUCGUCGAGGUGAAAGUUAAUUUCAUUAUUGCCACUGUACCCAUCAUAUGGAGGUUGCAUAUCUCGACACUAUAUUCUUAUUAUUCCAUACACAAAUGGCAUAGAAGGGAAAUGUCUAUGAGUUUAUCUUAGUUUCGUCAUAUAGAAUCCUGAAAAACACUGAAUAUAAAAUAAAAAAAAACUUUAAAACUAUAUCAGCCUGAAACAUCUUAGUUUAUGAAAAAAGUUUUCCCAACAUAUCUCUAUACAGUCUCUAUAUGUUUUAUGGCGAUGCUUCUAAUCUAUUUAUAUGCUCCGUGUCUAACAUGUAUUUAUAUGAGCUGAAUAUUCACAAUGAUUUAACUAUGGAAGCCCUCUUUACUUACGGUACAUAUUCUGGAGUUUGUAAUAGGUUCGUUUCUAAGUACAAUAUCCUUUCCCACGCGUGGCCCUCGCAUACGGCUGCCAUAACGUCCUUAAGAUUUGUCCUUAUUUUGAAGGUCUUUGUCUUAGAAAAUAUUUUUCUAAGUACAAUAUCCUUUCCCACGCGUGGCCCUCGCAUACGGCUGCCAUAACGUCCUUAAGAUUUGUCCUUAUUUUGAAGGUCUUUGUCUUAGAAAAUAUUUUUGUCUUUAUUUCUAAGAAACGUCUUUAUUUUGACAUGUGUCCUUAUUUUGUGGGUAGAGGUUCUAAUACCAGGCACUUAGAUUAGUAAAUUCGAAUGAUUGAUUUGCGAGAAUUGAUAUUUUACAACCUCAUUGAUUGCUACACGCAUUCAUUUUGUAAUAACAGCAAAUUAAUUGACACGAUGACUAAACAAUAGCCUACCGGCCAAAAUCAGUUCGUGUAACUUGAAUCAAAAUACAAUUUGAAAGUGAGAUGGAACAGAUUGUUUUUAAGAAUAGAGAACUGCUGGAGCAAAUCCUUUCUAGUACAAAGUAUGAUUAGACACGGGUCGCACUGGCAUGCAUGCAUUUUGUUUAUUACAUUUCGUUCCUCGUUAUCUUAUUAUUAUGUUUCCCUGCUGACUUAUUUUUGGGUUCAUAUCGAUGGCAGCCCUGGCUAUACAUCAUUUCAAAUAUCAAAGCCCUAUCUCACACAUGACUUUAAGCUGCCUCUUCAGUUUGCUCAAAAUUUUUUUUGUUGGCCACUUUUUAUAUUCUAUUAUCCCCUUCCAUUGCCAUAUUUACUCAAACCAAUCACUUGAACUUUAGGUUAACUC